GAUAUCUUAACGUUGAGCUGCAGCCGCAAUCCCGAGGACUCGCUGAUGCCUGCGCGUGGGUGAAUCCACGCCAGAGGCAUAAUUCGCCCAUGUGGUUGACAGUCUGAACGACAGAAGGUGAAAACGUUUCUUUUUUUUUAGCUGCAGACGAUCAUUUGUGCGCCUGCGCCGUUACGUUCUCCCAAGGCCAGCUCGAGGUAUGCAGCUUCGCCUGGAAACCGGCGGCUCCUGUGAAGAGCAGAGUCGCGGGCAAAGUGGACCGGAGCGAUUCACAAGGACAAGACGACCCGACGGUCCAGAGUCCGUGGUGCACAGUGGGGCCCAGAACUGGUGAAAUGCGCCCGAUUCCGCCCCGUUCUGUGAGCGAACACCGGGUCGUUUUCGCGUGGAAGAAGCUCCUCGGGAUGUUACGGAUGAUCUCCCACAGCCACGUCCACGUAUUGAGAUGAUCCGUUUCUUGCGAUGGCGAAGGGUCUGUUUCCACGGGCCUGGGUGAAAAAGUCCUUCUACUUCCAGGCUCGGGUCUCCUUUGUACGGGUGAAGUACCUGUUCCUUACGUGGCUGACGGUGCUGGUUGGGAGCUGGGUGCUCUAUGUGCAAUACUCUGCCUACACGGAGCUGUGCAGAGGACACGAGUGCAGGAACGCCAUUUGUGAUAACUACAGGAAGGGAAUCAUCGACGGAUCCGCCUGCAGCAGUCUGUGUGACAAAGACACGCUCUACAUGAGCCGCUGUCUGUCAACACUGCCCAACAACCAAGUGUACACAGGAAGCUGGGGAGACCACGAUGGUAUCGUCCGCUGUAGAUUGGGGGAGGUCACGCACUACGAGCUGGGCGAGGAGCCGGAGCCGCGGAGAGAAUCCCCCGUGUUCGACAAGCCCACCAGAGGCAUCGUGGAGAAGUUCAGAGAGAUGGUCUUCAAUCACCUCAAGUCCAAGCUGGGAGAGCAGGCCAAUCUCGCCGGCCUCGUCGGCCAGAUCCUCUCCGUCGCCGAUGGCAACAAGGACGGACGAGUGUCGCUGCCAGAAGCUCGUUCUACGUGGGCCCUCCUGCAGAUGGAUGAGGUGCUGCUGGGUCUGCUGCUCCAGGACCGUGGACACACCCCGCGCCUCCUCGGCUACUGCGGGGACCUGUACAUGACGGAGCGAGUCCCCUACGGGCCCCUGUACGGCCUGUCUCUGCCCUGGCCGCUGGCCGGGUGGGUGCCCAGCGGCGUGCAGCGCACCGUGGACCAGUGGUUCACCCCCUCGUGGCCCCGGAAGGCCAAGAUCUCCAUGGGCCUCCUGGAGCUGGUGGAGGACGUCUUCCACGGCACCUACGGCAGCUUCCUGAUCUGCGACUUCGCCGCGGCGCACUUCGGCUACACCGACCGCCACGAACUCCGUCUGACGAACGCCCGCGCGGUGGUCCCCGAGGCCGCGUUCAGACGCGCCAUGCGGGCGCGGACGUGCGAGGCCGACGGCGACUGCGUGUACGGGGUCGACUGUCACACGUCCUGCGACGUGGCGGAGAAGCGGUGCAGGGGGGAGCCGCUUCGGCCGAACUUGGCCAAGGCGUGCGGCACGCUGAAGGACUACCUGCUGCGCGGGGCGCCGUCAGGCCUGAGGGAGGAGCUCGAGAGGCAGCUGUACGCCUGCAUGGCUCUGAGGGGAAACGCCGGACAGAUGAACAUGGAGCACUCGCUUAUUCUCAACAACUUGAAAGCGCUGCUGUGGAGACAGAUCUCGCACACCAAAGACUCGUGACGAGGCGAGGGGAGGGUCCUCGCAAAGUCUCCCACUGGUGGAGCGGAGAUUCAGGAGCUGCAGAGAACUUUAUAAUCGGCGCUUAACGCUUGUGAAUCAGACUGAUGGAGACUCGGCAUCCUCGAUGAACCGAAUGGUUGCAUGUUCCCAUCGGCCACGUUAGAUUUCAUCAGCCACAGCAGCGAGAGGUUUCUGCUGAUGACGGACUGGUGAAACAGACUUAUCGUUACUCUCAAGAGCCGAGAGACCAUGUUGCUGUUUUCUCACACAAAAUCAUGCGUUUGAGAUUUAGUUGCACAAAACUCUUGUUUGAAGUAGGUGCAGUGCACUAUUUUAAGAUGGGCUCCUUGAUACUUUACAGUUGAUCCUGAGCCUCAUACACUAAUUAGGCCACUUAGGAUUUAAUGAUGCGGCGGUGGACAUUCCGUACUAGACGGGGACCUGCAGGGCGUUAGUUUGUCUGCUGUUGGAUUGGUUCUUGUUGCUGUCUGUUGCACUCGGUCCUUAACCCGUUGGUGCCUAAUGAGGGUAAACGUCCUGCAGAAGUCACACAAGUUCUGCUUUUGGGUACUGUAGUUUAUGAACGGUUACUCAAACAGUAGUGAAUGGUGCAAACGCUCUGCUGCAUAAUAAUGAACAUUUGGUGAACUGAUUGUAUUCUGCAGGACAGUUUGUGGUAUUGAUUUAAAAAAUAACCUACAGUGCCCGUGUGACAAGAUAUUUUUGGCUUAAGCUAUAGACCGUGCAACAUUAAUUCAUUAGUUUCUUUAGGGAUACAUUUGGCAAGUAUAGCAAACAAUACUUUCCCUUUGUCGCUCAUCUGCAUAAUAGUGAGGCAGUUCAUCCGUGAUGGUAUUUGGUUGUAUUCCACAAGCUUUGUCUUAAUGUAGGUUUUCCUCCUGUACUAGUGCUGUAUCAACGACACAAGGAAUAUAAAUCCACUUAGCUUUCUUUACGAAUGUUAUCUUGUAUUUCUCACUGACGAGCACUUGUUGUAAUGUGCUGUAUCACAUUCUUUGGAUUGUCUCUGUGCCAUAGAGAUCCAGCUGAAAUCAUGAUUGUUCACAAUCGUCGUCAAGUGGAGAUUUCUUUUCAACUCCCGUGGUCACACUUGAAUGCUGUACAUUUUACAUGAUCUAUUCGUCAUUGUUAAGUUGCUGUGGCCUGAACUGGAUUCAUCACUUCACAUGUGUUUAAGACCCGACGUGAGCUGUGAAGCUUGACAAGUUUGUGCUUAGUGCUGCAGGUUGUUUUAAUGUAAAGAAUGAAAACAAGUUCACCUAUUGAAGACCAGCAUGAUUUUGCACAAUUAAACUUCACUGUAACUACUCCAA